CCGCCCCGCUCAGGCCGCGCCGCGCCGCCGCUGCGCCGCGGCCGCUACCCGCACGCACCCGCCGUCAUGCUCCGGGCCGCGCUACCCGCGCUCCUGGUGCCGCUGCUGGGCCUCGCCGCUACUGCCGUCGCGGACUGUCCUUCAUCUGGUUGGAUUCAGUUCCAAGACAGUUGUUACAUUUUUCUCCAAGAAGCCAUCAAAGUAGAAAGCAUAGAGGAUGUCAGAAAUCAGUGUACGGACCAUGGAGCAGAUAUGAUAAGCAUACAUAAUGAAGAAGAAAAUGCUUUUAUAUUGGAUACUUUGAAAAAGCAAUGGAAAAGCUCAGAUGAUAUCCUACUGGGCAUGUUUUAUGACACAGAUGAUGCAAGUUUCAAGUGGUUUGAUCAUUCAAAUAUGACAUUUGAUAAGUGGACAGACCAAGAUAAUGGUGAAGAUUUAGUUGAUACCUGUGCUUUUCUGAACAUCAAGACAGGUGAAUGGAAAAAAGGAAAUUGUGAAGUUUCUUCUGUGGAAGGAACACUAUGCAAAACAGCUAUCCCAUACAAAAGGAAAUAUUUAUCAGAUAACCACAUUUUAAUAUCAGCAUUGGUGAUUGCCAGCACAGUAAUUUUGACAGUUUUGGGAGCAAUCAUUUGGUUCCUGUACAAAAGACAUUCUGAUUCUCACUUCACCACAGUUUUUUCAACUGCACCCGAAUCACCUUAUAACGAAGAUUGUGUUUUGGUAGUUGCAGAAGAAAAUGAAUAUCCUGUUCAAUUUGACUAAGCUUUUGGUAAUCUUGCACUGAUAUCAACUAAAUGCCUUGGCCGAGAUUCUUGGGAAGGAUUUUAAUAUAAAACUUGACAUUGGAUCUUAGAACUUUAAUGGUAUUCCUUAUUUUUAGUAACAUUAUUUUAUUUUUAUGUAUUCAUCUGUUGUGACAAAAUUUUUAGGUCCAUUAUAAAAUCAGGUUUUAGAAAUGAUCAUAGAUCUAAUGUAGUGAUUUUAACCACCUCGUCAAAUGCAGAAUGUCACUUGAAUGAAGGAAAGCUUUAAGUCCAAGAAGCAGAUAAAAAUAAAAGCCCAGCCUAUUUGUCUCGCCUGAUCUAUCUUCCCUUCUAUUUACUUACAUGUUUAUUAGUAAAUAUAAAAUGGGAAAUAAGGGAUUUUAAGUACAUCCCAUAAUCUUUGAUAAUGGUUACUUUGGCAGGUAAUUCCUCUAGAAUGUGUAUCUCUUUUUAUGAUUUAGAUGAAGAAAAUUUUACAACUUUUUCAACACCCCUUAACACAUAAUUUUAGUUUCAUUACUUUUACACACACCAUUUUAUCACGAUUCAAGUUUUAAUGGAAGUUUAUAAAUUUUUUCAAACAAAAUAUGAUGGCUGUGUCCAGGAAGGCAUGGAGAAAGCUGGCAAUUAGGUUAACACUUACAUAUCACAGUGCCACUUUAAGGAUUUCUCUCCUGCCACCAUACCUUUUGUACCUCCCCUAUACAAGAUAUAUCUCAUUCUCCUCAAGCAUUUAUAAAUUUUUCUUUCAAAGACAUGAAAACUAAGCAAAAACCAAAGAAAAACACUAAGUACAACUGUGGUGGUGAUGAUCAAAGUUUUUAGUACAUUUAUUGUACAUUUUAAGAAAAAGGUGAAAAAUCAUCAUUUGGGGAGUAAAAGAAAAAGCUGAGUGAUUUUCCUCACCAUCAAUAACUCAAAAACAGGCAAGAAUGUGUAGAUUUCACGUAAAUUAGUUAUGUAUCACUUAUCAAUGGGGACAGAUUUUAAAAAAUGCAUAGUUAGGGAAUCUCUGUGUGAACAUCAGCGUGUACUUACAUAAACCCAGAUGGUAUAGCCUAUUUUGUUUCAAAUGUGCACAGCAUAUUACUGUGCUGAAUACUACAGGCAACUGUUAGUUAAGUGUUUGUGUAUCUAAAUAGAGAAAAGGUAAAAAUAUGGUCUACUAUAGGAACACUGUUCUAUAUGUGUUCCAUUGUUGACUGAAGUAUACUGUUUAUAAGUCUGAAGCUCAAAGAAAAGCAAUCCCUCUCCUGAAUCCACACUCCAUCAAUUAUCUUAUUUUCUUAUGGGAGAUACACUAUCUCACUAGCUUGACUAAUGGCAACAAAAUCUCAGCUUGUGUAAUCUUUUUAUUGACCACAUAAAUUGAAAACACGCCUCAUCACAAUUAAAGACACUAACGAGACAUGAGUAACUAAAGUGACAGAAAAUUAUCAACUGUGGCUACCUGGUAAUUGAAAAUGCAGGCAUUAUACUAACUUACACAAUCAUGCUCUGUAAGAGCUUUACAUUUCUGAGAUUUUGUGUAGUGAUAAAGAUGUCUAUUUUAUUAUUGAUAGGCUAUUAAUGUCAAUAGUGAACAUUACCCUGGAAUUCCUGAUUUUCCUACCCAAAUUCUACCACUCCUUGAAGAACCACAGGCACAGUAAAAACAUGGUGUAUUAUGGGAACUAAGAGUUCUAAAGGAGUUCUUAAAGGAGUGGUAGAAUUUGGGCAGAAAGUGAUUAAGUCCAACUUAAAACCAACAGUCUCAAACAUUUAGAACUACAAUGUCCGAUGAGCUAAUAGCCACAUGAGGCUACUGAAUAUAGUUUAAAAUCCAGUCUCCCAAUAACAUUAGCCACAUUGUCAAGUGUCCAAAUCACAGGUGGUUAGUAGGUACUAUACCGGGCAACAUAGAUUACAGAACUUUUUGAUUAAGGAAUUUUUAUUGGGCUGUGCUGCUCUUAAAUCAUACCUUCUACUCAACUCCCAUACAACUUUCUUCUGCAUGUUUUCGUACUUUCUACUUAACGGCAGCUCUUCCAAACUAACUGUUUUAAACUUUGAUUUAAUUUUCAAUGUUUGGUUUUAUUUUUCAAUAGGGCAAGAGGCCUCUGGUAAUGAAGUGCGUGUGCUCGCUCGCUCUCUCUAUAUAUAUAUAUGACGGAUUCUCGCUCUGUCACCCAGGCUAGAGUGCAGUGGCUUGACCUCGGCUUAAUGCAACCUCUGCCUUGUGGGUUUUCAAGCAAUUCUCCUGCCUCAGCCUCCUGAGUAGCUGGGACCACAGCCCCCUGCCACCACACCCCGCUAACUUUUUGCAUUUUUGGUAGAGAUGGGGUUUCACCAUGUUGGCUAGGCUGGUCUCAAACUCCUGACCCCAAGUGACCACCCAUCUUGGCGUCCCAAAGUGCUGGGAUUACAUGCAUAAGCCACCCUGCUUGGCCUACAUUUUAAUUUUCUUUAUAUACCUGAACAUCUAUAACAGGCCCCUUAUAUAUUCAUUAGUCAAGAAAUAAUUGGGUUACUUAUGCAGGCUUGUUUACUACAUUCAGAAUGUAGAAACUGCUUUCUUCAACAUCUUGGUUCUAGCUAGUAAUAACAAUAUAAUUCUUUGUUUGGCAGGUAUUUAGAGUAACAUUUUAAACUAUAUUUUGUUAGAAAAAUGUAUGGUCUCUUUAAUUCUGAGUUUAAAACUGAUAACCAAUGAAACCUUUUUCUUUUAUUCCUCUGUCAUUUACAUGAUAAUCUGAAGCUAAUAUGACAAUAGUAAAAUACUAAGUGGUACUGGAAAACUACAAGAAUAAUGCAAAGCUUAAGCCAUUGUUAUCACUGUCAUUUACCAUUUAAUGACAAAACUAUAUAGAAUAAUCUUAUAUGCAUACCAAUCAAUGUUUUGUACUAGUUAAAAUUUUUAAAUAAAGUUUUAUGGGUUAAGCAGAAGACAACUAACAUACUGAAUUUUAUUAAAAUUAUGUAUGUUCAAAUUCAAAGCAUCCCUAAGGACAACUAUCACACUGAAUUUUAUUGAAAGUAUAUAUGCUCUGAUUCAAAGCAUCCCUAAAAACCCGGAGAAUAUAUUAAAACUACCACCCUUAAAUUUUAUAUUUUUGCUUUACAACAAACAAUGCAAAGACAACUGGCAAGAGGUGACCGAAUGUUUUAGAACAUUUACAUUAUUAUAUGAGAUUUGAAAUUUUAAUAAAAUUCUUGGUUAUGAAGUUUGAAGUCUUCUUUGAACACCAGUUUAAAAGGAAACAUUUCAAACUGUAAAUAAAUCAGUGUGCACUUUAUUUCGAGCCAAUGUUUUACAUAAAACCAACAAACUAAGUGUGGGCAAAUUGUCAUUCACUUUUGAGAAAUUACAUGGUUCCUAUUUAGGUUUGAAAAAGUAGUUUGUUGCAAUAAUAUCAGACCUUAAGGUGUUUUAAAGUGUAUCUCAAGGAUACUGACAGAAGAAAAAAUACAGUGUUAUGUAGGUAUACACAACUUAUGACCACAGUGUAGAUCCAUUCAUGGUGAAUAAGGUUCAUCUGCCCUCCAAAGGUAGUGAAAAAUACUAAGUCAUCAAAUAAAUGCUCAGAAUUACCAAGGAACAGUUAAAAACGACCAGGAUCCAAACAGGUUAUUUAUAUCAUAUUUAUCUAUAAAGAAGUGACAACACUAAAAAACACAUUGAAAACCAGUGUUUUAAACUCUGAAUGUGGGAUUUAAAAAUAUUCCAUUAACUUGAGAUUGCAAUAUUUUUUUUUAAACCAAAUAGUAUUUGACUAGCAAUUCUCAUAUAAUUUACAGCUGUAAUAUUCCUAAAAGGAAUAUCUACAUACUAUAGCCUAUCAAAUAUAAUCUGCAUUUUGCAAAUCAAUACAAAAAUGCAUCCAUCAUUUAUGCAUUUGAUAUUUAUAUACUUUUUUAAAAAUUAGAUUUUAUUGCUAAGUGAAUUUGGAAUUCAAAUUAAAUUUGGAAACCUAAUAUAAUGCUCUUUUCGGAACCUUCUCCCAUUCUUUUUUUAGUUUUUGUUUUUAAACACUGGAAGCAGAUGAUUAUCAAAAAGACAGUAACUUAAGGCAUUUUAAAAGAAAAAUAAUUAGGUGCCAUAUGGAUUUAAUUUCAAACGCAUAUUUUGUCCCACUUUUCUCACUAGCAAGAGACUAAAACACAAACCUUUUUUUCAUAAAUAUGACUAUAGUAAUCAGAACACAAAAAAGGGUUGAUGGGCAUUGCUUAGAUACUUAAAACAAGGGUAAUACUUUCCCACUCACCUAAAAGAAAAAAACCUUUUUGAUUACCAGUUUAUAAACAUCAAAUUUGCUGUGUUAAAAAAGUCCAGCAGAAUUUUAAUUCAGCAACACUUGAGAAUGAAUAUAUAUAUACAGGCAUACAUGUGUAUGUAUAUAUUCAUUUUAUAUAUAGUCAAUGUAUUUAUUAGGCAUUCCCCCACAAAAUUAAUUUAUAUUUAAUUGCCAGUUUUAAUAAACACUUGUGUUCACAGAUCAUCCAUCUGUCUUAUAUGAAGUUAGGCAAUAUCGAAUGUCCUGUUAUGGUCUCCAUCUUCUUCGGAAUCAUCCUCUGAAGCUGUUGAAAGAAAACAGGAUAGUCAAGAAUGAUUUUAAGGGGGAUAAAAAUGGGAAGUGUAAAUAUGAAGCCAGAACAGCAAUGACUUGUAAAAACAAAAAUCCCAAUUUAGUAUAUUGUUUGAUCAAAAUGAUAAGUUAUAUGACAGGGUUAGGGUGGUUUGACUGUGGGUGAUUCCCAUCCGCAAUGCCCCCGCCCCCCCAUCUUUUUGUAAUAUUCUAUCAAUUUUUAUAAAAAUGAAAAUGCUUAAAAAUGUUCAAGAGCAUCUUCUAAACAUUUUUUCUGAGAUAAAUCUGUGUUCAUAGUAGCCAAUGAUAUAUAAACACUAGGAAAAAAGUGAACUUAAGGCAAGUGCUCUCACACACCUGAGUAGAAUCUGGCUUAUUACCGCUGCAUGUUUGAUGCAUCCGAUGAGAAUGAAAAGAAAUGUACAUAGAAUAAGAGGUUAUGGGUGUUCUUGCAAUUUACAUCAAAGCUAUGUCUAUACAAUGCCAAGAUAAAAGCUCAUUUAGUAAGUCAGAAAAGCUUCAUAUAGACACAGCCUAAAUUAAAGUAACUGGAUUCAGUAAUAAAACCUAUUGUUGAGAUUAUUCCCCUGUCUCCACACUGUCAGAAACUUAUCACCUUUGCAAUAUUUCUGACCUCAAUUUAUUCAAGAGUCACUAGUGGCUCAAGAGUUAAAAAUAAAGCAUCCUGGAUGUCUUUAGGAAGGACAUAGUAAGUAUAAAACUAUGAAUUCUAUGAACUGCUUUGCAAGUGAAAGAAAACACAAACUCAUUAAAAUAAACAUCUAACCACCAUCUUUCCCCUAUUAUCAAGGGCAGAAAGGUUUAAUGCACUCUUUUCAUAUUUACAUUGGACAAAUUAAGAGCAUCCAACAAAUGGAAUCAACCUAGAGCAAAGCACAGAAAAACUAUGCAACACUAAUAUAUUUAAAUCCAUUUAAUAAAUGACACAAGCAUGUAACUAGCUCAUGACUGAUAUAAACUCUAUUUAAAGUUUUAUGCUAUAUCACUGAGAAAUUCCAAACUAAAAAAUAAUUACAUAUUAAGAAACUUCUUGUGUUUUUCCAUUUAACUCCACUCCACAGGAGACGAUAAUUUAGUCAGAACCCAUUUCAGAAUGUAUUAAUACUCUGGUAUUUAGGGGUUAACUUGUAGCACCCAGGUCUUUCAUGCUUAAUUGAGUUUGGACAUAUUUCACCUCCAUCUUUUUCUUCCCACGUUAGGAGGGGACAAUACUAUGUUUAAGAAACUAAAUUUUAAAUGACAAUGUUAGUUUUUUAAAAUGGAGAAAUCUGGGGAAAACAUACACUGAAACAAAUUACUAUCAUGACAUUGAACAAAGUAUAUAGUUAAAAAACAGAACAAAACAAAGAGACCUUUGUAUUAGGCCAACAUAAGGGAUAUGAAACGAAGGUAUAAAGGGAAAAAAAAAUUUAUACCAAAGGAGUUUGUACUGACUCCUUUAUUUUCACAUAUCCUAAUUAAAAUUGUGAAAAUGUUACCUGAUUCCAUCUCAAAUCCUUUUAAAACUUGAAAGUAGUACACACUUAAUGACAAAAAUCUGUGUUUUAGAUUAUCUAAAAUUAAAAGGUUCCUAUUAGGACUAAAUCCUUUUUAAACUUAACUUCAAAGGAUGUUGAGCUUUCUCUAAAGGUAAAAAUGGUAUGCAUACUAUAGAUAACACUCCAAAUAGUUCAAAGAUGAGUAUAGAAAGCAAUCAACUGAAGAAUACAUAUUUUUAAAAGACACUUCGAGUAGUGUUUUGGAAUGGGUAACGAAGGGUAAAAAAGUAAAAUAUGCAGGGGUUGAGUGGGGUAAUCUUCAAUUGCCAGGAACUGUUCCAGAGCCACCAAUACCUGUGCCCCCAUGGUAUGAAGCACACUAGAAGUUCCAGGAGACUAAAAGGAGGGUAGGCUGUACAGAUAGAUGCCUGUCAAGAUUUUAGAAUUAAGUGCCUUCACUUAGGAGCCCAGGCAGAAGUCCUGACGCUGGAAUGUGAUCUUAAGAGACUGGAGCUAUCGGCAGAGCUUGGCUACCUAUUCAAGGUCCAUGAG